AUGUGGCCUACAGGCUACAUGGGCCCUUUGGGCGGUGGCCCUCCCCUUCCCGGUGAAAAGUUCCCAAUCCCAAGACUGUCCGAAGGAACUGCUGGUGCGUCCAUCCUUGGGCCACCUGCAAGACCGCAACGACGGCAUGUUAGUCGAGCUUGUGAAUUUUGCAGGCAGCGGAAAACCAAAUGCUCGGGCGAGCCGAGUGGCUGCAUCAACUGCCAGGAAGCUGGAAUCAUAUGUUGCUAUACGGAUAGCAAAAAGGAGAAGUCCAAGAGGCAAAUGAAUACCCUAGAGGCAAAAAUUCGCGCUUACGAAAAAGCACUCAAGGUUGUGGGCGAUUGGAACGGGAUGUCUGUUGAUGAUAUUUUGGGUCUCGCUCAAUCAGAGGAGUUCUCGGCUAAAGAAGAUGCGUCUGCCAAUCCCUCGCGAUCAUCCAAGACUACUGUUGUUCCUCCCAUAAGACCUAUCACGGGUCCUUCUCGUAUCCUAGACUAUACUGCCGUGGAUUUUAAUCGAGAUGACACCACCCGGUCAACAGGAUACAUUGGUAGGAGCUCGGAAAUUCACUGGAUGCAUGCGCUCGACAGGGAGAUCACCUCGUCCAAGAACAAAGAGGGCGACUCAAACGCCUCGACGCAAGCUGACCCACACGACAGUGACAAAUCAAUUGCCUCGUUUAACUACAACCUCGAUCAUUUGGAGAUCACUCGUAUCGACGGGAUUGAGAGACUUGCAAUUCCGUCCAAGACCAUUUGCUGGAAUCUUUUCGAUCUGUACCGCACUUCAGUACAUCCUUUGUUUCCUAUAGUCGGGCUUGUCCCAUUUACACAGCAACUGGAGUCAUUCUUAAACAGAGACCUCCAGCCUAGCAACAGAUGGCUCGCGAUUCUGCAUCUUAUACUUGCCAUUGCUUCCAGGUACACAUUCGUGACCAAUCGCCAAUGGAAUUACGACCAGGUUGAUCACUUCAGUCACUUUCUUAAGGUGAAAGCUCUCAGUAUAGACGGUCAAGUUUUGAAUCAUCCUGAUAUGCAACAACUGCAAAUCGAAGGGCUGGCCUCAUUCUAUCUGCUAGCGAUGGGCUACGUGAAUCGGUCCUGGUUCCUCUGCGGUAGUGCACUGCGCCGAGCGUUUGCCAUUGGACUACAUCUACGCAACUUGGAAGGCUGCACCCGCGACUCUCGGGAAAUCAGAUAUCGUGUUUGGUGGUCUUUAUAUACCCUGGAAAGCCGGCUCUGCGUGAUGACCGGUCGUCUUUCUACUGUCCCGGACAAUGUAGUGACAAUACCGCUCCUUAUCCCAUUCGACGAAUGCGACUUUCAGAAGGAGGAAGUCCAAAGCCUGCUUGCUCGUUCAACCCCAAGCCCGAGACCGCCCCUACUGAGCACAGAAACCUCGACAAACGCCACUGACAGCUCGGGUGAAAGCAAGAAGAAUUCCCCAGGCCCCAGCCACGUGUAUCCAUGCAAUUCUCUCUAUUUCAUUCAGUUGGUAAAGCUGACCUUUAUUACUAAAAAGAUGUCCAACAAGCUCUACAAUCCGGAGUCGGUGCCCUCACUAUGGGCAAGUCUGAAGUAUGCGAUGAGAGACCUGAUGCUUGAGCUUGAAGGCUGGCUCAUGAAUCUACCGAAGUUUUAUGACUUCUCGUCGCCAACAAAUACUUCUGCUCUAGCGACCGAAAGGAUGACGCUUGCCCUUGUGUUUUAUAGUACCAAACUAACGAUCACAAAGCCUUUCCUCGGUCCUUCGGAUCCAUACGAGAGGUUACAGAAGGAGGAUCGUGAGUUCUCCAAGAAGCACGCAGCCGAUUGCGUUGAGUCGGCCUGCCAUAUAAUACGCCUUCUUCCCGAACCCCCAGACACCGGCGCACUGUACACCUUGUUUCCAUGGUGGAGCAUAAUACACUUCCUAAUGCAAGCGACCGUGGUCCUUCUUAUCGAAGCUAGUUUGGGCUUUGAGCAUAUUCCCCAAAAGGUGCCGAUGGUUCUAAGGGCCAUCAAAAAAUCGCUUGAGUGGAUGUCCAUCAUGUCAAAAACCAGCGCCACCUCAGACAAUGCUCAAAGGCUUUGCGAAUAUUUCUUGGAACGACUAGAUAUCAAGGUCGAUUUAGAGGCUUCCGAGACUCCCGAACCCUCUAGGCUCGAAUCGGAAUCCGACAAUAGUCCUUCAGCUGGGGAGGGCAGUUCACAGAGGAGAAGAGUGACAUUCCAAGAUCAGAUCACCGAAUUGGAUGAUACUCCGUUAAUUCUACACGCUUAUCAGUCAAGACUCUCUGCGUCGGCGCGUACAAUGGGUGUGUCUGCAACGACAGCCAUGCUGGAUCCAAUGGAUAUAGACAAACCUACGACUUAUGCAUAUGCAGACGAGCUUCUUCCUUACGACCAAAACACGGGGCUUUUCACCGAUACAAUCUUUCCACCUGUCGAUCCGACCCUGGAGUCUAAUUUGGAUUAUCCCCCAGACCCUAUGCUAUGA